AUGUCCAAGGAAUCCAGCUCCUUUGUCAGAAACAUCUUCAAUGGGCAGCUUGUUCCUGCCAACGUUUUCCCUUUCCCCUCAGCUCUUACAGAGGAGGAAACGCAGUCCCUGCGAGCCUUGCUGGAUCCCUGCACCCGCUUCUUUGAGGAGGUGAACAAGCCUGCUGCAAAUGAGAAGCUGGAGUCCAUUGAGGAGGCUACCCUGGCAGGCCUGAAAGACCUGGGAGUCUUUGGGCUGCAGGUGCCUGUGGAGCUGGGGGGCACUGGGCUGAAGAACAGCCAGUACGCCCGCCUGGUGGAGGUGGUGGGACUGCAUGACCUUGGCGUGGCCAUCAGCCUUGGGGCGCACCAGUCCAUCGGCUUCAAGGGCAUCCUGCUCUUCGGGACACCGGAGCAGAAGCAGAAGUACCUGCCCCGGCUCGCCUCCGGGCAGACCGUGGCUGCCUUCUGCCUGACGGAGCCCGCCAGCGGCUCGGACGCCGCCUCCAUCCGCACCGUGGCCGAGCCCAGCCCCUGUGGCAGCUUCUACACCCUCAACGGAGAGAAGAUCUGGAUCAGUAACGGAGGGAUAGCUGAGAUCUUCACUGUGUUUGCCAAGACACCAAUAAAAGUAGAAACAGGUGAAACAAAAGAAAGAAUUUCUGCUUUCAUCGUGGAGCGAGCGUUUGGGGGAGUAACCAGCGGCCCUCCAGAGAAGAAGAUGGGGAUCAAGUGCUCCAAUACAGCUGAGGUUCACUUUGAUAAUGUGAAAGUGCCUGCAGAAAAUCUGCUGGGGGGCCUCGGGAAAGGCUUCAAGGUGGCAAUGAAUAUACUGAAUAACGGCCGUUUUGGGAUGGCGUCUGCCCUGGCUGGGACCAUGCGAGGAGUGAUCGUCAAGGCCGCCGACCAUGCCGCUAACCGCACGCAGUUCGGGGACAAGAUCAGCAACUACGGGGCCAUUCAGGAGAAGAUCGCCCGCAUGGCCCUGCUGCACUACGUCACGGAGUCAAUGGCCUACGUGCUCAGUGCCAACAUGGACAUGAAGGUGUCUGACUACAAGCUGGAAGCUGCCAUCAGCAAGGUUUUUGCUUCGGAAGCGGCCUGGCACGUUGCGGAUGAGGUUAUCCAGGUCCUUGGAGGAAUGGGAUACAUGCAGGAGGCAGGCGUUGAAAAGGUCAUGAGGGACUUGAGGAUUUUCCGCAUCUUUGAGGGCACCAACGACAUCCUCCGGCUGUUUGUGGCAUUGACAGGCGUCCAGUAUGCUGGAGGCUGCUUAAAGAACCUGCAGAAACGCCUCACGAGCCCGCUCGGGAGCGUGCGCGCUCUGCUCCGCGAACUGGGCUGGAGAGCCAAGCGGAAAGUAGGGGUCUCUUCUGGCUUCUCUCUCCAGGGACUUGUUCAUUCAGACCUCAACAGCAGUGCAGUCCAGCUGACGAGGGCUGUGGACCUGCUGGGGGAAACCGUGGAGAGCCUCCUGCUGACGUGGGGCACCAGGCUGCCAGACAAGCAGUUCCACCUGAAGCGCGUGGCCGAUGCCGCCAUCGAUAUGUACGCCAUGGCCGUGGUGCUCUCCAGGGCCAGCCGAGCCUUAACUCUGAAACUGGCGUCUGCAGAACAUGAGAGGCUGCUGUGCUGGACGUGGUGCCACGAGGCGUACGUGCGAGUGAAGGCAAAUCUGCGAGCCGUCAAGUCGUCCGCGUGGAAUCAGUCCUGCAGCAACAUGAAGCUCAUAUCGCAUGCGGUGGUGCAGAACAAGGGGGUCUACGCAACCCAUCCCCUCGACCUCUGA